AUGUCGCCCAAGCCCGACGAGGGCAUGCCUCCCCAGCCCACAGAGUCGAACGCGAACGAAGUCCCCGACCUGCCCCCGCCGCCCAAUCCUUCGUCCGACCCGAGGCUCAGCAUCGCCAACAGCGACAGCCCUCCGAACGUGCCCGAGAAUGACGACAUCUUCAAGUUGUCGCCGCGAUCGGCAAUGAAGCUGCUGAGCGGCGGCAUCGAGGCUCUUGUGCGAAUUACGGGCGACAUCCCGCCGACGCCGCCGCCCACGAGUCCGACAUUGCCCAACAUGCGAGGCAUGGCGGCCGAGAAGGCACUCAUCCGCUCCAACUCGGAAAAGAACCUGGCGAGAAUGCGCCAGGAGGCCGAGGCAGCCAUGAGCCACUCCCACCCGUCCCCGCGCCGGCCGCCCAUGAUGUCCCAAAUGAGCGGCUCCAGCGGCUCCAGUGGCUCGGCGCCGCAACCAAUAGACGGCGUCCACCUGCGGCAGACGCAAAGCCCGACAACGCCUCCGCCGCCUUCGAGGCCGCCCGAACCAUACAUCAUCAUUGGCGAGAACUCGCAGCCGAUCAACCUCCAACACAGCGCCAUCACGCGCAAAUUCUACUCGAAAAAGCCGCCGCCGAUUGGCAUCGACGAAUACCUCGCGCGUAUCCACCGGUUCUGCCCGAUGAGCACUGGGGUGUAUCUCGCGACGAGCUUAUACAUCCACCGUCUGGCGGUGGAGGAGCAGACGAUACCGGUGACGAGACGGAAUGCGCAUCGACUGGUGCUGGCGGGGCUCCGGGUGGCGAUGAAGGCGCUGGAGGAUCUCAGCUAUCCGCACAGCAAGAUGGCCAAGGUCGGGGGCGUCAGCGAUCUGGAGCUUGCUCGGCUCGAGAUCAGCUUCUGCUUCCUGGCCAACUUUGAGCUCGUGGUGCGAGAAGACACGCUGAAGAAGCACUGGGAGGUGUUGAAGAAGGAGCAACCACUAAAGCUCAUGCACCCUAAUCUCCCGGGUCUGUCGUUGAACCGACCGCCAAGGAACACGGCUUCCACCGAAAAAGAGAAUGAAUGCGACUGA